CCGCGCGCCUUUCCUUGCGGAGCGCUUCACCUGUGCGGGCGGGGCGGGGCGUCCCGCUCAGCCAAUCCGGGAGGGGCUCCUGCUCACCUGGGCGCCGCUGCGCUCCGGCCUUGCUCAGUCGGUUUGUGCGGCGGAGGAGGCAAUGGCGGUGGCGGCGAUGGGCUGGCUUUGGUGGGGCUGCUUCUGCGCCGGGCUGUGGUCCUUGAUAUCAGGCCAGUCAAGCCAGGAGACGCUCGUUCAAGUUCCCGAGAACAGCGAAGCACGACUGCCUUGCAAGGCAUACCAGGGCUCCCCAAGGCGUGUGGAGUGGAAAUUCCAGGGGGAUGGCUCCACAACACUCUUCUAUUUUGACGGUCACUUCACAGACCCCUACAAGGAUCGCGUCCAGUUCUAUCCCAAUGAACUCUUUUUCAAAUCGGUGACUCGGAAAGACACGGGCCUGUACAUCUGCGAGGUGCUUGUCCCUCCAGAGGACUUUCGACAUUCCUCUGUGCGGCUCAUUGUUCAAGUCCCGCCCUCGAAGCCCAAGGCCCAAGUGCCCUCUGUGGUCACCAUUGGCACCAAAGCGGUUCUCACCUGCGUGGAGACAGACGGCUCCCCGCCUCCCACCUUCACCUGGUUCAAAGACAACAUCCCGAUGCCCCAAGACCCCAAAACCAACUCCCUCUUCAGGAAUUCAUCCUACACGAUGGACCCCAAGACGGGGCUUCUGUCUUUUGAACCCGCGAUGGCCUAUGACGCUGGGGACUACUACUGCCAGGCGGACAACAAAGUUGGGGCCCCCCAGAAGUCCGACACAGUGCGCAUGGAGACCAGUGAAGUCAACGUGGGCGGCAUCGUUGCUGGUGUGGUGGUGCUUCUCAUCGUCCUAGGCCUGGUGAUCUUUGGGGUCUGGUUCGCCUACACCCGGGGCUUCUUCAGCACACCACCAGCAAUAAGAAGGUCAUUUACAGCCAACCUUCUACCCGAAGUGAUGGUGAAUUUAAACAGACGUCUUCCUUCUUGGUCUGAUCUCCACUCUCAUGUUGCCUUCCACCAUGUAUUAAAGUCUAACCUCUCCCUCCUCUUGAGGCUGUUGUAAAUGUUCCUUAUGAAUCUUUGUAAUUAAGCGUGAUUUUUUUAAAGAAACUGUUUUUAAGAAAAGAUGAAGUGUGCCGUUAUGAAUUUUGUUUUUAAUGCUUUAAACCCUUGGUCACUACUCAGCUGAAGAGCAUCAAUUUAUGGCGGUCUCAUUAGGGGCCUGGCCAUCGAGUGCAGUCCUAACCGUGCCUACUCUGAGGGUCAUAUGCAAUGAAGUUUUUACACAGAGGAGACCCACUGAAAUUAAGAGACCAAAUUUCAGAAGCUGCAGUCAUAGCAAAUGCAAACAGCCACCGCAGUGCCUCUCGUUUGGGUGGAAUUAACUGUGAAGGGACUAUUGCUGUCUUGUAAAACUUCAUUGAAUACCACCGACCAAGUCCUAUUGAAUUCAGUGAGGUUAGGAUUGCAGCCUGAAAAACUUAGUUUGGGGCCCUUAGGCUUACCUUUUGACCCUUGCAAGCUGCCCAGGUUUGACCUGUAGGACAUUGCCUUUUGGGAUGUCAGUGGCAUCUCACAAUCUGAGAUGGCUUAAGUCAAAAUUGUACCUAUGAAAUCCCUCCUGGCCUUGAACCCCUUCUACCUCAGAUUGGCCUCCAAAAAGAAGAGAAUUGGUUUGAGAGCAGAAUUAAUAAUUGUGCCUGGAUACUUCCUGAAAGAGUCAACGAGGGGCCAGAGGAUAUCGAUAAAUCUACCGCCACACAGUGCAAAAUUGUAUUGCCCUGUAGCUGCGAUCCUGCACAGAAUUAAAAUAGGGUCUUACAGCCCAGUCCUAACCACAUCUGCUUGGAAGUCAGUCUUGUUGCAUUACGUCACGGUUACUCCCAGGUACAGGAUUGCAGCUGUGGCCCAUUAAUCUGAGAGUUCCUGCAUGCGUAGCUGUGGGGUGGAUUGGGCCCGGUGUUAGUGGUGGCUUUUAUGCUGCGUUAGAGAGUUGGCCUUCAAACUUGAGAGUGUUAUCGUAUGUGCCUUUUAUAAAUACUGCUACAACGUUCUUGUAUCAUUUUGUAUGCUGGGAACAGAAUUGAAAAUAAACAUUGCCCUUCCGUUUGAA